AUCAAGCAGAUAAUUUCUCUUCAGUAGCACCGUGAGCAUCUGGAAAAUUCACAAAAAAAUGUUUAACAAGCCGUUAAUGUUAAGGAUUUCACUUGUUUCUUUUUCUGUUCCUUAUCUUGGAGAAUUUCUACACACUGUUUAAUCAUAUUUCGUUAGUAUACAGGGUACUUGUUUUGUAAAAUUAGUUUUUCUCAUGGAAUGUUUUUUUAACUAAGUCGUUGAUAUAUGAUUGCGCGAAUCGUGGAUAUUUUUAUUUGAUGAAAUAGCCUUUACGAUUCAAUUCAUUUAUCAUGCUUAUCAACGAUCAGGUGAUGUUUAUCAGCAAUAUGUAUUUUUAAAAUGAAGCAUGUAUUAUUGAUGUUAAAGCGUGAAUGAGUUGAACGCUUUAACGCGACCGUUUUAAUGAGUUACAUUUAUCGAGUUGAGUUAUAUUGAAAAUUCCAAUGAUAAAAUAACUGCAGAAAUGUGUGUUAUGUUGAGUGAAAUCGCGAAUGAGGAGAAUGUUAAGUUUGCACUCGUAACAGAAUUCACGCUUAAAUUGUGAAUAAUCUUUCCUGAAUCAUAUUUCGCGAGUAUAAUGUUAAUUACAGCAAGAAUAUGUCGAUCACAUCGUCGACGUUCUGGAAGAAUUUGUUACAGUUUGUAAAAGCAUAAAUGCUCUGUGGAGUUUGAUUUUAUAUGCUGAUGAAGAACAGUUAUUACAUAGAAAAUGAAGCAGAUUGUGCUCGAAUGCUGCCGAAGUGAUAUACGUGCAGUAAAUAAUGGACAUCAAAAGAGGGGUCUAACAUAAAAUGUUAAAGGUAAACAGAAGUAUUAAUUGAAUUGUACGUAAUGUAUGUAUAGAAUGGUUUAUGAAUGAUGCGAUUCUACUUUAAUGUAACAUAAUAUAUCUUUAAUGCACUUUAUAAUUCAUAUGUCGAUGUAUGUUUAUGGGAAAUACGGAUAAUGAAAGGUGUAUACUGUAUAUUAAUAUUAUUAAUAUCUAUAAUUAUUAAUAUCUAUAAUUGCUAUUAUAAUAAAGAAAAAUAUAUGAAAGAUAAUUUACGAGUCUCAAUAUUUUGUAAAUUUAUUCUUAUUGUACAUAUUAGAUUAAUUUAAGUCAGCAAACUCCAACUGUUAAUUAGUAAAUAGAGAUUCAAGAAUGAAUUUACAACUGUUCAUGAAAGUCUCCACGAAUAAUUAUUAAUUAUUAUGAAAUGAAAUUCACGUAUUGCACUCAUAUUAAUAAAACAAUAAAACAAUUAUAACUGAAAUAAAUGAAAAAUAAAUAAAGGUACUAAGAAUGUGCAAGUAAAAUUGAAAGAAAUCCAACAAAAAUAGAAUUAUUGUUUACAGUUAUAAAACAAAAGAUAGACGAAUUAUUUCUAUAUUAAUUUAUGAUAAUAUUAAUAUAGAAAUUAUUAAGAUCAUUAACUGGCAUUGAUUAUUUAUUGAAGACAAUGUUUCAUGCUACAUACAUAUGUACAAAUAUUUCCAACAUUUUUUUUAUUUUUCUAUUGGAUAUUUUCACUAUUCUAGUUCCUAAAGUCUCUUUUAAUGUUAUUUCUUAAUUUUUAAGUCUUUCUGUUACAAUCUAAAAGUAUUUUGACUUUAGAAGAAUAUUUAAUGGCGCAUUAUGAAGCAAUCAUUCCUAAAGAAUCCAAAUGAAAUGCUUUGGAUUAUCCUGUUGAAAGUAAAAAAGUUUUCUUAAUUUGUUUGCACUUUUCUUUUAAACUUUGUUUUGAAAUAUUUAGAUAAAGAAUAAAUGUUAUUUAUUUCUAUUUAAAAUUCAAUAUUAACAAAGAUAAAAUUUCUAGUUUCAUUCGCUGUUAUAUAAUAAAACAAAAAUACAAUAACUUUUGUUUUUUAAUUGUAUUACAUUUUAUAUCAUCAUAUAUAUAUAUGUAUAGAAGUGUUCACAAUGUGUGAAUUUUAUUUCUUAACAAUUAGGGACGCGAUAGUUCGAAGAUUUUUGUAAACAGUUGUAUCGGUGUUAGAAUUAUUGUUAGAAUUUAUUUUUCGAGUUUAAGUAUUACAGUAAUUUGAAAGUUAUGUCAUUUCUGUUCCAAUUACAUCUUUUUAGUGUUUAUUUCUUCUACCAUCUUGUCAUGAGUUUUCUAACUAGUUGGCAAAAGCAACGUUGCCAGCCGAGAAAAUAAAAAUUUGAAUAGUAGCGAGGAAACUAUUAGAGUGAACUAGUAACAUGAUUCGUAAUUACAAAAUUGGUAAAAACUUUGAAUUUAGAGUGUAAGAUUGACAUCGAUCGAUUCCGUUUUGAUAAUUAAUACUUGUGACAUAAAAUAUUUGUAAAUGUUUGAUAUAUAUUUAUAAAUAAUAUUUGACUGAAUAGCAGAUUUUAUUAAGAGAAAAAAUGUGCUUUAAAACACGUGGUGCUUUAAUAGUAUUAGAAGGAUGUGAUAAAGCAGGAAAAUCUACACAAACGAAACUGUUAAUGGAUGCGUUGAAACAAUAUGAUAUUCCUGCUAAACAACGAACUUUUCCUGAUAGAACAACUCCCAUUGGAACAAUAAUAAACGAUUUUUUGAAUAAAAAACUAAAUUUUCCUCCUGAAACAGCACAUUUAUUAUUUUCUGCAAAUCGGUGGGAAUGCAAGGAAGAAAUUCUAAAAUCUUUGUAUAGUGGUACUAGUGUUGUUAUAGAUAGAUAUGCUGCUUCAGGUGCUGCUUAUACAGCAGCUACAACUGGUAAAUGUUUAAGCUGGUGUAAGGAACCUGAUAAAGGACUACCUUCUCCAGACAUAGUUAUUCUUCUUAACGUUUCCAGUGAAUCUCAAUCUUUACGUCAUAACUGGGGUGAUGAACGUUUUGAAAAUACUGAACUUCAAUUAUGUGUUGCUUCCAAUUAUAAGAAAUUAAUAGACAAAACAUGGUGUGUAAUUAAUGCUGAUGAUGAUAAAUCAGUGAUACAUUCUCAAAUAUUACAUAAAGUAUUAAAUGUUAUAAAUCACAUUAAAAAUUUGCCUCUUAUUUUACAAAUGCUCCUCUUUUUGUCCUCAUUUCGGCCAGUUGAUAUAUUUGAAAAAUGUUACGAAGAGUGCAAAAAAACUUUAAAUAUAAAAUCUUUGGAAAUUCAUCUGAUGAAUCUUAUCGUAUGA